CCCACCCUUUUCGGCUGUGCAAGAUAGUCAUCUCGCGCUUGCCACCAACUCCUCGCUUAUCCGCGUUUACUCGACGCUUAAAUUCGAUGCACGCUUGUUGGAUGGACAUUCUGAUAUUGUUCUAGCUUUGGACCACGGACAAGACGGUGCUCUUUUAGCUAGUGGGAGCAAGGAUCGGACAGCUAGGCUUUGGGUUCCAUUCUCUGGGGAUGGGCCUGAAUGGGGUUACGGUUGCGUUGCUGUAUGCGAAGGACACAGCGAAAGCAUAGGAGCUGUUGCACUUUCUAGGAGUGGAAGUCGCUUCAUGUUCACCGGCAGCCAGGAUAGAACAAUCAAGAUGUGGGACUUGUCGGACGUUCCAUCAUUUUACAGCGGUCUUGGACAGGCCGUUGUACGGUGUGGAAGUCUAACUACCCAUAAGGCUCACGAAAAAGAUAUCAACUCCCUUGACGGCCCUACCAUCGAGAUCGCCUCUCGGUUGCAGCUGAUGAACAUAAGUGGGAAAUUGCAAAAUCCUCUCUGA